AAAGAGGGUGGUGGGGCAGGGAACUACAAUUCCCGUCGUGCCCCGCGCCCACCGCCCGCGCUUAUAAAGGGCCUGCUGGCAAGGCGGGGAAAGCAGAGAACGCGCAGCUGAGGAAGGAAGGAAGGAGCCGAGGGAGGCAGGCAAGCAGGUGCGGACGGCAGGAUGUGCGACAAACCCGACCUCUCCGAGGUGGAGAAGUUCGACAAGAAGAAGCUGAAGAAGACCAACACGGAGGAGAAGAACACGCUGCCCUCCAAAGAGACCAUCGAACAGGAGAAAGAGUGCGGCAAGUCUUCCUAGAAGAGCCAUGCGGGACUCAUGACCUCCUUCCCCUUUCCCGUCUGUCCUUUUUUGACCACAUGGCCUUUCUUUUUGGUAUCAAAAUGCAGCCUACCUUUGUGUCUGGGAGCUCCCGCGGCCUCUCCUUCCCUGCAGUGCACACACACCCACGCACGCACACACACCCGCCGCCUCUUCCUCCUCCUGAGCCCAUCUCUCCCACCCUCUCUCCAGCCCCACACCCUUCUCCCCAAAUGGAGCCCUUCCUUCCCUCCCUCCCGCCCCACAGAGCGCCCUUUUUGCUCCUAAUCCCUUUUUCCGACUCCACUUGAAUUGUUUUGUUACAAAUGAAACCGAGGAAAAAGACGUCUCUUAAUAAAAACCAACUUGAAAAACA